CGAUGACAAGACAGCCAUCACUGCAGCGCUCGUUUUAUUUCUUCUUUAAUCUUUUUAUACUUCUUUUCAGUGUAAUGACAUAUGAGUACAGGCAUUGUCACAGAUCCACCGGGCUCUCCCUCUCUUUCUCUCUCACUGCUGACACAGCACUCACUCUCUGCUGAGUUUUGAUCACACGCUACUGCACAUCAUCCUGGGUAUUACACUCCUGUUUCUUCAAAGUUACCUGCAAGUAUCACAAGACUGUUGUGAGUUAUCUGUACAUCGUGCUAUUUCCCUGUCUGGAAAUUACUUGUCUGAUGUUUGAGUUCAUAUCUCUGCCUCUUUGAGGUUCUCUGUGACAGGCAUAAUACCAUGAUGGCCCCUCAAUACCAUGUCUAGGUGAAUCUAGCUAGUCUUUCUAAUAAUAAUAAUACAUUAUAGUGUUAUAUAUAUGUAUUUCAAUUUGUAGCUUUUAUUUACACUACAGUUACAUUUAUUCAUUUAGCAGAUCCAAAGAUCCAAAGACUUGUACUUUAGACAAGGAAAAACACUCAUAAGAGCCAACAAUAUUUAUAGUGUCGCAAUGCCAGAUUUCAAGAACAGACCAAGCAAGAAUGAAAUUGUGCUGGACAGUAUUAAUAUAUUAGAAUGUGUCUAUAUAGCUAUAUUUAACAGUCUGGAUGCAAUAUAUUUAUUAAACCACAGCUAAUGUAAUCCCUGUAAAAACAAAAUCAGGAUCUACACAUUUUUGUCUUGUCCUCAUACUGAUCAUCAUAACACAAAAUCUACAUAGGUUGAACAUGAUUCUUUAAAUGCAGGCUAUCUGAUCUGACCUUUUCAAAGACUUGAUUUACUCUAUAAUUCAUCAUAUUUGUUUGGACAAACAAAUUCAUAAUUGAUAAAAUACAUUCAUUGCAUUUUUGUUCAAUCUAAAGGAUAUUUUGGAGAAGAAAAUCCUAUUCUAUUUUUUAAAUAUGUUUGACAUGUUUUUUAUAUUUUAUUUGUUUUGCCAGCCAACAGCAGUGCUUAAAUAAAACUAUAAGGCACGAUGUGUUGUUGAUUGUUGUUUACAUCAAAUGCCAUGGCUUGUUAACUUCUAAUAACCUCUCUGUCAAACAACUGUAUCUUUCUAGAGAUGUGAUGAAUGAUUUGUUCUGGGUGGUUGAAAACAGCUGAUGCACAGAACAUCACAAUAGAUGUGAAAGACUGAACAGUCUGGAUGGUUCAUACAUGAGGAUGGGGAGAGAAUGGGAGAUGAUUAGUUUGUUUCUGUGUCAGUCAGUUGCGUGCCACUUUGAUUGGGGCAGAAACUAAUUAUUUUCCAGGCAUUCACAUAAUUUCUUUUUGCAUAAUGCAAGAAUCAGAGGAAUCCAGAGAUCAGAAGACAAUUCCAGACCAGGUGGAUGGAGGAAGUUUGAGUGAAGAAAAGAAUAGGCGUGGAAAGGUCAGCGAGAAGCGUCUUUCCUCCUCUGACUGGGAGAGAAAAGGAAUAUCUGUACCCAUUGUGCCAUCAAAUUCCGUUCCAGGCCCUUCAAACAACCCCAUCAUUAUUUCCAUUGGCCCUCCACACCGUUGUCCCUCUGUUUCCAGUGAGUCCCAGUACCAGGGUCUCUCUCGGCAGGAUGACUACACCAACAGGGAUGGGUGGAGAAGGGAAACAGUGCAAUGUUACCCACCAACUAGCAAGGGUGGCAUCCCCAAGCAAACAAUGGAUGAACUGAGAAACGUGUUGCGUGAGAGCCCUCUACUGAGCACAAAAAGGCAAGAUGAGGGAAGGAGUUACCCUCCGGGGCAAAGGGUGGACUGUAAACCAGAUCAGGUAGCAUCAAAGAGUUUCACCACCUUCAAGCCCCUUUCAGAUAUCUCUAGGAGAGCAUCCAGACUAAGGGAAGAAAAUUCAUCUAGAUGGGAUUCUGAUGGGCCAUCAAGGACUGAUGGACCUCCAAGCAGAUCCUCGGGUGUGAAUUCACCCACUGCAGAGAGAUCCCACUGGGAUGAAGCUGGCACAUCACACACAGAUUACAAGGAGAGCUCCCAGGUGCACUCAUUUGCAUCUCAAAGCUUCAUCUCUGAUGUUGAGCACAUAAAACAGCAAAUUGCCCGUGAAAAUAUAAGCUUUGUUCGCUUUGAGGCCACUGAUCUUCAUGGUGUAUCCCGAUCCAAGACUGUUCCAGCUCGGUUCUUUCAUGAAAAAGCUGUAUAUGGCAUUCCUAUGCCAAGAAGCUACCUGGAGUUAACCUUGAGCCCCAGAGUUAAUGAGGUUGAUCAUCCAAGUGCAGCGAACUUCAGCAGUGAUGUUCUCCUGCUCCCAGAUCUCUCCACAUUCAAGAUCCUCCCCUGGGCAGACCAGACGGCUCGUCUCAUUUGUGACCCUUGUACUAUCACAGGGGUUCCACUUCGCACAUCACCCCGCCUUAUAGCCAAGCAGAUGCUUGGUCAACUUCAGAGUAUGGGAUUUUCUCUCCACUCCUCCUUCACGUAUGAGUGCUGUAUAUUUGGGUCCCCAGAGAGAUUGGGUCCCAAGGCUGUGUUCUUCCCUGCCACCACUCUGUUGAGCAACUAUGAUCUGCCCUUCCUACAGCAGCUAGUCAGGGGGAUGUACUACAUGGGUGUGGACGUUGAGAGCUUUUCAUCGGCCAAUGGACCAGGAAAGAUGGAGAUUUGUUUCAAACCCAGGUUCGGGAUUGAGGCCGCUGACAGCGCCUUUACCUUCCGUACAGGAAUUAAAGAAAUGGCGAGAAAGUAUGACUAUAUAGCCACUUUUUUCACAGAUGACAACAUUCACAAUUCUGGGUUACUCUCCCACAGCCUCUGGGAUGCUAGUGGAAGAAGGAGCCUCUUCCACUCUGGCAAUGGAGAACUGUCAGAGAUCGGCAGGAAGUGGCUCUCAGGUCUUCUCCACCACUCUGCCGCUCUAAGCUGUCUUUUGGCUCCAGGGAUCAGCUGUCAAAACCAGCUUUCUAAAGGCAAGAAAGAUUCCAAGCACCAGCUUUAUUCCACAUGUGGCUGCAAUGACAACAGCUGCACCUUCAACGUGAAGGUUCAUGGUGGACGGGAAACACACAUUGAUAACAAGCUAAGUUCGGCAAUGGCUAACCCUUAUGUAGUGCUGGCAGCCACAAUAGCAGCAGGACUGGAUGGUAUUAGGCGUAAUCUCAAUGUUGAACAGGCCCUAAACCGAGCUCCUAUGCAGCAGAAACAGUUCCCAAUCCCUAUUAAACUGGAUGAUGCUUUAGAGGCCCUAGCAGAGGACAGUGUGAUUUGCGGUUCACUGGGAGAACCUUUUGUGCAGUAUUUUAUUGCCAUGAAACACGUAGAGUUGGAGACCCAAGAGCAGGAUGCUGAUAGAAACAAGGGACUUGAGUAUUUUAUUUAAAGAUAUUCAAAAAAUCUAAGCUAUUGCUGAAUUUAGUGAAUGAUUUUGUGUAUUUAAAAAAGAGAAAAUAAAUUUCUUGACCCUCUGAUUUAUUAAUGGAGAGAAAUAAUACCUCUUUUGGCAAAAAGCUGAAAAAAUUAAAUAAAAUCAUGCAAUUGACUGACAUCUGCCACACACUGUCUGAGUGCUU